GUACAUGCACACAGUUUGAGCAGAGAAGUAGCAGAGCAAAGCAGAAACGGUAGUCGAUGAUAAUAUGCGCCUUUUACGGUUUUUCAUUUCAAUUUGGAAUGCUCAACGAGAACGAACGCUUUUGUGCAACAACGCUCGAAUAAAUAUUUUUUUGUAAAUUAGACCCUCCGAUAAAUAAAAUAAACGAACAACGAUAACAAUAGUUGAGUUUCAGCGACGAAUGUACAAUCACAUUUUCAAGUGAAAUAGUAAUUGAAAAAUAAACUUUUUACCAAAAAAAAAAAAAUUAAAGUUCAUUUGCUCGUUUGCGUGUUUAUCAUAUGUUGAUUCAAUUCUAAGUUUUCUUUAAAUACGAUAUAAAUAAACAAGUUUUUUUUUCUUCGAAAGACACUUUUCGUGCCAUUUAAAUUUCGCAUUUUGAGAAAUUUUUGGUGAUUUAAAUUCAGUGACUGCAGCAGUAAUCGAUUCCAGUUUUCACCAAACGGGUGAUCUUUGACGCAGUUAUGGUCUAUUUUAUUUCAUCUGGUAUGCAACCACGUAGCCCAUCAGGCGUUCCACUAACGUCGAAAAGUCCAAUUAUGGAAACAGCAGCAAAUAGUACACAUUCAAUAACAUCCUCACCACUAUCAUCGCCAUCAAUUAUGACAAUUUCGCCAUCGAACACAUCGGCACAACAGCCAUCGCAGCAACGAACAUCAUUGCCGUUGAAAUUUUCAAUAGCAAAAAUUAUGGAACCCGAUUCAAAACGAUCAUCGUCCAGCCCAGUGUCCAGUGCAACAGUUCGUAAUGCAAUGGCCGACGAUGACUCCAGUUCAGCAUCUGAUGUUGAAGUCAUUUCAAUGUCAUCGUCCACCACUUAUGAUUCAGCAUUCAAAAAAUAUAUACCAAAAUCGACGGCAUCUUCAUCGAUCCCAUCGACCAUUGGCGGUAUUCAAGAUAGAGUACAACAUUUUGUGAGCAGCCGACAUCAGGAAUUAAUUAAUCAAUAUCCAUUACUUUAUUAUCCGGGUCAAUUGAUGUGCGCUGCUGCCCAAUAUGCUGCCCUCACACAACACACAAAUGCCGUUUCAUCGUUGCUUAGCGCUAAUGCAGCGCAACCACCAUUCGAUCUUAGAUCGUUAAGCUCAUCGAUUUCACAUUUUCAAUCACAAUCGAUGCGACAAUCAAUUCUAAACGAAAAACUCUCACCUUCGCCCAUUUCACCGACAUCGUCUAACAAUUUACCAACGCUACGCAACAAUAUUACACCACCAAAAAAUCAUUCGCCAUCAUCAACGGGAAGUGCCAGCGCCAAUUCAAAUGCCGCCAAUCAGAAACAAAAAACAUUCGCUUGCCCGGAAUGCGGCAAAGUGUUUAAUGCCCAUUAUAAUUUAACGCGUCACAUGCCGGUUCAUACGGGUGCAAGACCUUUUAUCUGCAAAAUUUGCGGCAAAGGCUUUCGUCAGGCGUCAACUCUAUGCCGUCAUAAAAUUAUUCACACCUCCGACAAACCGCACAAAUGCCAAACAUGCGGAAAAGCAUUCAAUCGUUCAUCAACGCUAAAUACGCACAUUCGAAUUCACAACGGCUACAAGCCAUACAAAUGUGAAUACUGCGGCAAAGGUUUCCACCAAAAGGGCAACUAUAAGAAUCAUAAGCUAACGCACAGCGGUGAAAAGGCGUAUAAAUGUAACAUUUGUAACAAGGCUUUCCAUCAAAUUUACAAUUUAACAUUCCACAUGCAUACACAUAACGAAAAGAAACCGUACACCUGUAGCGUAUGCUUCAAAGGAUUCUGUCGUAAUUUUGAUUUGAAAAAGCACAUCCGAAAGAUCCAUACCGAAACUGGUUCGUCGCGGAAUCGAUUGUUUGCCAGUCAUUUGGGUCAACAUGCGCUUCGGCAACGGGUCACCCGAUCAGCCACAACGAAUCCACCGGUCACCGUUGAAAGUUCACAGCAUUCAUCAAUUUGGCAGGCAACAAACCUAAUCGGAUCAUCGAGUAUUAUGCGUGGCAACAUGCAAUCGUCGCCAAACGAUGGGCCUCGAUCACCAAAUGCCGAUUAUCAAAUGCCACCUUUUAUUCUUCCCGGCCAAAUCAAUGGCAAUGAAAAAAUCGAUUCAAAUGCUCCGUUCAUCGCCAAAGUAUUUUGACAUCGAUACUAUACAAAUAACGGAAAGUAUAUGUCGAUGAAUUAAAAUAAAUUUUGGAUGUGCAUAGUAUUUUUUGUUCGUUCAUUUGAGUAAAAGGAAAAAAAAAACAUUUAGAUUGAUUUCAAUUUUCCAGUGCAAUAUAAAAAUUUACAUGAAAAACACAUUGAUAGAAAAGGAAUUUUACUUUCAUUUUUCUCAUAUUUAAAAUGAGGAUUUUUCGAUUUUAAGAUAGUUUCAAGUACACAUAAAAAUAAAUUCCUCAUUUUCUUUCUCGCUUCACAUUUAUUGCGCAAUACCAUUUUCUCACCUCAUGUAGAUAGCUCCAGAAUUGUAAGAGAAUAAAAAGAAAGAAAACAUGAAUUGAUCCAAUUUAGUGAAUUAUUUUUCUUCUUUCUUUUAAAUGAAUCUAGUGGAUUCAUAGGUGUGUAAGUGCAAAACACAAAAAAAAAAAACUAUAU